AUGACCAUUCACCGAGCAGUAUGGCUGUUGCUAUGCCACCGAAGUCAGAUGGUGACCCGUUUACAACAUUCCCUUUCGUACCAGGUUUCUAUGAGAAAGCUUUCCCUCGAAUGUCCAAGGGCACAAUCGUGGGUGGGUGCUAUCGUAUCCGGCUCGUCUGCACGCAACGGUAGAAACUAUGACCAAAGAAGUUUCUCUUCUUCACGCAUCGUGAGUCAAAAGAAGGAAGGAGACAAGCCGUCGGAAAAGGUACAAACUGAUCACAAAAACCAACCGGUGGAGCAGGAAUCAAGGCUAGAGAUUGAAACGAAGCAUGGCAAGCUGCUGGUUAAAACUACACUUGCCGACUCAAAGCUCCAGGAGAUUGUGAUCGAGAAACCAAAAAUAGAAGCCACGCUGAAGGAAACCGUUGCUGCAGGAGCUUCAACCAAGAAGGAAGAUGCGGCAAAAUCGAUCGUGAUCGAUGAAGAAAGGCGCAUGAAGGCAGACGCAGAACUAAAAGAACAGCUUGCCGAAAAGAAUCGACAGCUGGCGAAGAAACGCAUUCGGGUAGAUUUUUCUCGUUCAUCGUUGGAACGAAAUUUUAUCACUCCCGUGCGGGCCAUGUCCGAUUUUUUGUUGAAACCGUCCGAUUUGGAAGCGCUUUCCAGAACGAAACGACGCUCGCCAUACGAACAAGAACCUGCGAUAACCGUUUACUGGAGAAAGGAUGUCGAGGCUAAGGCGAUCGAAGUGUGGGGAUCGCGUGAAAAUCUGCUGAAAGAAUGCCUAAAGCGGGAAAUCGAGAAGAAGAUGCACCAACAAAAUAUUUUUACGGUAAAACGCCGAUUGCGAGAUUACAGACGAGAAAUUGGUAGUCGCACGAAUGUCGUCGAUUCGGAACCGGGCCUUUUUGGCAAAUCGGGAAAAGUCGUCCUUACUGCUAUAGCAAUUAAUGCCACGAACUGUUUGUUCAAAUUCGGUGCUUGGCUUUACACGGGCUCGCACAGCAUGUUUGCGGAAACGAUCCAUUCGCUCGCAGACACGAUCAACCAGCUUAUUCUGGCGUACGGCAUUCAUAAAUCGACGCAGAUUGCCGAUUCGGAUCACCCGUACGGAUACACCAACAUGAAGUACGUGUCGUCGUUGAUCUCGGGAGUAGGUAUUUUCUGCGUCGGAACCGGCUUGUCAUUCUACCACGGUAUCAUGGGCUUGGUGGAUCCACAUCCUAUCGACGAUUUUUAUUGGGCUUUCUUCAUCCUCGGCGGUUCGCUGGUGUCCGAGGGGGCAACGCUCCUGGUCGCCAUCAACAGCUGCCGGAGUGGUGCGAAGGCUCUUGGAAUGAGUUUUAGGGAUUACGUUGUUCGCGGACAGGAUCCGUGCGUGAAUGUUGUACUUACGGAAGAUGCGGCGGCGGUUCUGAGUGUAGUUCUAGCGGCAUCCUGCAUGGGAUUGUCGACCUACACCGGAUCUCCCAUUCCCGAUGCCGUGGGUUCGCUCCUGGUCGGCUGCAUGCUAGGUGGUGUCGCUUCCUUUAUAAUUUACACUAACGUGGCCGCGCUAGUGGGGCGAUCGAUUCGACAGGAGAAUCUCGACAAAAUCAACGCCGAAUUGGAGAGCGACAUUAUGAUUCGAGCGAUCCAUGACGUCAAGGGUAUAGAUAUGGGCAACUCGUUGGUUAGAUAUAAGGCUGAAAUGGAUUUUGAUGGGCGCGAGCUGACGCGAGUGUAUUUAGACAAGCAAGAUUUGAAUAUCCUUCUCGAGGAGGUACGCACGUUCCAGACGAUCGACGAGCUGGAAGCGUUCCUAUUGAAGCAUGGCGAAAACAUUGUCGAUCUGAUGGGCGGCGAAAUUGACAGGAUUGAAAUGAAGCUGCGGAAAAAAUUCCCUGAAAUAAGGCACUGUGAUCUGGAAAUAUUGUAAGCUGUAAAAGUAAUUUGCUUCCCGUUUAUUUGUUUACACCAUGCUAUGAUCACAUAACGUGGCAUGGCUUUACCACAAUUGUAAUACUAUACGAAGUAAAAGAGAGCUAUAAAAGCAUAAAAAGUUCACCGCGUUAGAUGUUGCGUUUAGGCGUAUUUGUGCUGCAACUAGAGCAAAUAAAAAAAAUGCAAAGCAACAAAAAAUAUUAACAUCGAACUAACGUACUCUGUCUACUAAUCCAUUGCGACUUCGAGGAUGGUAUUUUUCCGCGCAAGAUAAACGACUAACUCAAGUAUAUGGUUCUCUCACAGGAUGACGACCCGAGGAAUAGGAUAAUUUACUUAAUGUGUUAAAACAAACUGUGCGCAAGAUGUUUGAAGGACAGCUAAUUUAUAUAGAAUUUCGCUUAGAUCAUAUUUCUCUUGUCGAGUUUAUUACGUUUGAACAAA